CGACCGUAAGUUAUUGAAUUGACUGAACAGUAAGACAACGCGGAGUUGCUGCUACACCGGCCAGCGCACCCAGUCCAUGUUAAACUUGCGCUGACUAGAAAGACAUCCUGAAACUGCAAAUCAACCACAAAAUGCUCAGUUUUCAGAAGCUAUCUCUUCUAUUGACGCUGCUGUUUCUGAUAUGGAAACCUGCGACCGGCAAGAACCACUGCGCCAAUAAAUGUGGCCACGUGCACAUUGAAUUUCCAUUUUAUCUCAGAAACAAAAACUUGAAUCACUCCACCGACUACCCCCCUGAGUUCGGUCUGUUAUGCACCCAAAAAAAUGUGCCCAUUCUGGAGCUGCUGGCUGUUCCAAUACAAUUGUUUGUCAGAAAAAUUCAUUACAAAUCUACUCUAAUUGAAACAUAUGACCCCCAAAAUUGCCUUCCCAAUCAACUCUUGAAACUCGGCAACGCAUCCAUCUUUCCAUUGCGAUUUCAGAAAUAUUAUCCUCACAAGUUUAACUUUUCCUUCUUCCGUUGCGAUUCACUGACGUGCCCAAUUUUUCUACUACAAUCCGACAACGGCGUCGAUGACCCCCGAUUGGUAUCCUGCACGAAGCUGAAAGAUGUUUCCACCGAAUGGUGGUAUCGGUAUCAUGAGGAUAGGCUGCUUUUGGAAUGGCCCGAACCUGACUGUGGAGACUGUGAAGCACAAGGCCAAAAAUGUAAAUGGAAGAAUGGUACUAACGGUGCAACUGAAUGUCAUGCUUGCCGAACAAAACGGAUUCCAACGUCAACUGUCAUCUACAUAGCUGUAGGGGGAGUAGUUGGUUUGAUGCUUUUGCUGCUACUGGUCAAGGCAUUGUUUUAUGCGUAUGACUAUUAUGUGAAGAGAGGAGAAGACCAGACUCGAAUAGAGAAAUUCUUGGAGGAUUACAGGGCAAUGAAGCCUACCAGGUUCACUUACGCUGACAUCAAGAGAAUCACAAAUGGUUUUAGUGAGAGUUUAGGGGAAGGAUCUCAUGGAGCAGUGUUCAAAGGAAUGCUCUCUCGUGAAAUUCUUGUUGCUGUGAAGAUUCUCAAAGACACAGUGGGAGAUGGGAAGGAUUUCAUAAAUGAAGUGAGGGCCAUUGGGAAAAUUCAUCACGUUCACAUUGUUCGUCUGCUUGGUUUCUGCGCAGAUGAGUUCCACCGUGCUCUCGUCUACGAUUUCUUUCCAAAUGGGUCGUUGCAGAGAUUCUUGGCUCCAGCGGACAACAAGGAUGUUUUCCUUGGUUGGGAGAAGUUGCAACAAAUUGCUCUUGGUGUUGGCAGAGGAAUUGAGUAUCUCCACCUCGGCUGUGAUCAUAGAAUUCUUCAUUUUGACAUCAAUCCUCACAAUGUUUUGCUAGAUAACCUUUUUGUCCCAAAAAUCACUGAUUUUGGACUAGCCAAAUUGUGUCCAAAAAAUCAGAGCACGGUGUCGAUGACUGCAGCCAGGGGAACUUUGGGCUACAUUGCCCCUGAAGUUUUCUCUCGGAAUUUUGGUAAUGUGUCUUACAAGUCUGACAUUUACAGCUAUGGAAUGUUGCUGUUAGAAAUGAUUGGAGGAAGAAAGAAUACCAAUGUCUCAGUUGAGGACAGUUUCCAAGUUCUGUACCCGGAGUGGAUCCACAACUUGUUGGAAGGAAGGGAUGUGCAAAUUAGCCUUGAGGACGAGGGAGAUGCUAAAAUUGCCAAGAAACUUGCCAUUGUAGGACUUUGGUGCAUUCAAUGGAACCCAGCAGAUCGUCCUUCCAUGAAAACUGUGGUACAAAUGCUUGAAGGGCAUGGAUGUGAAUUAGUAGCACCCGCUUCUCCUUUUCAUAUUUCUGGUUCUUCUACAACAAAUACCGUUCUUCCAGCAAGACCUCAAAAUUUAGAGUUGGAAGUUAUUCAUGAAAUAGAAGAAAACAAUAUCGAUCAAUUUUAGGUUUGUUUCAAAUGUUAUCUAUAUAUUUUAUAGGAGUCUUAGGAUUGUUCAGCGCUGUUAAUAAUUUAACUAUUGUACAUGUUACGUUUAUUGCGUCUCACAUUAUGCUUCUACGAUCACUUUUGAUCAAUUUUGAUUAGCUUCAACUUCUAUGUACUCAUUGUAUGAAAUUCUCAGAGUUGAUUGACUUGUAACACA